AUGAUUGCAGAGUUGUGGCACUGGUGUUACAAAGCUUUGUCCUUGGGAUACUCUGCUCCUGCGCUGUGGCAGAAUGGGCUGGACGAGCUCCUUCCAGACUUGGACGUAGACAACACCAUCAGCUUCGCUGACAAGAAGGAGCUCGGGUCGCAAGCAGCAAUCGCACCUGCGAAAGUCUGCGAGGCCGGAGAAAACCAGGAGACUCUGUUUGCAAAGCCGCCAAGCAAAGUCGAAGAGGUCAAGGAUGGCAAGGACCUGCCACCGGCCAUCCUGAUGUCCCUAGCACCAAUGCCUGGUGUCAAAACCCCCGUGGAGGCGAAGCUGAAGGAGCCCGACGCCGUGGCUGAGAGCAAGCCGACCGAAGUCAGCAGCCUCGCCCGGACGGACCUCGCUGCGGAUGACAUCCGAGCGAUAGUGAAAGCAGAAGUCGCCUCCGAGCUAGCAUCGGUCUUCGACAGGAUUGACAGUUUGAAGAAGUCCUGUGAUGCACUCGCCGAGGAGCUGUCGCGGAUGAAGGGCUCCGCAGCUGAGGAGCUUGAGAAGCUGAGGGCCCGGAUCUCCGAAGCUCCUGCAGCUGCCAAGCACUCGACGGAGGAUGUGGAGGAGCUGCAGCGGUCUGUGAAGAAAGAGCUGUUCGAUGUCCAACAGGUGUUCAACAGUGAGCUCAAAGACUUGAGCGCGCUGCUGGAGGACAGAGACGCAAAGUUUGAGGCGCUGGCUCAAAAAUACUGCCAGGCAAAGUUUGCUGAAUGGGAUCCCAAGAUCACCACGUUCCCUGGGCUUUACCUUUCAAGCUCUUUGGCGCGGGGGGCAGGCAACAGUGGCAUGAGCUUCUGCAACAAAGACUUGCUGCGGCUUGACAACGUGGUCUUUGGCUUCGGGGUGAACCUCAUCAGCUACAGACUGUUGCGGAGGAACUUGGAUCCCAGCAAGGCAGCUGCUCAAUCUUUGAUGCUGUCCCUUUAUCCCAUUCACUUCUUCUACCAGCUUCUAUACUACACUGAUGUUGGCUCGCUUUUCUGGGUCUUGCUGGUCCAGGACCUCGUGACACCCGAAAGGGGUCAGGCAUUGCCCACAGCCCGGCGAAUUUGGAUGGCGGCCGGCGCGGGUGCAGUGGCAGUGCUCUUUCGGCAAACGAAUGCCGUUUGGCUCAUGUUCAGCUUUGGGACUGCAGCCUUGCAGGACCUGCAGUCUUCAAAGUGGGGUGAGCUUAGGGGCGAGGACUUAUCCUUCCUGAAGCUCGUGACCUUCGUCAAGGCCCUUCUGCUGGAGUCCAGAAGACUGCUCGGACGCCUCGGGAUAAUGUUGGUCCCAGUGGUUCUCUUCAUCCUUUUCGUCGCCUACAACGGCUCCAUUGUGGUCGGGGAUCACUCGAACCACGAGGUUGCUCCGCAUUGGGCCCAGCUUUGUUAUCUCAGCGCGGCCGUCGCGGCGACCUUGUCAGUGGAGGACUCGGCCCUGUCUCCCAGGUGGAUGAGAAACUUCAUAGAAGCCUGUUGCAAGAGCUUUAGCCGAUUUCUUCUGUCAGCUCUGGCAUUGGCCAUGAUGGUGGGUGUCGUGCACAGAUACAGCCUUGCACAUCCCUUUUUGCUGGCAGACAACCGACACUACACAUUCUACUUGUGGAACCGAUUUCUCAAGCGUCCCUGGCUAAGAGAUAUCCUCGCUCCGGCAUACUUGUAUGCAGCUUGGUAUGUCUCCAAGCGGCUCAGCCAGGCUCAGUCCGGACUUUGGGUGUUAAUUUGGUGGGUGGCUGCUUGUCUCACCUUGGUUCCUGCACCUUUGCUGGAGCCGCGCUACUGGACAACGGCCGUCAUCAUGGCACAUUUGCACUUCUACGACCGCUCGUGGUGCAGCAUAGUACUCCUCACGACGGCCUACCUGGUGGUGAACAUUCUGACGUUGACUGUCUUUGCUUACAAACCGUUUGCAUGGCCAAGUGGUGAGAUCGCGCGCUUCAUGUGGUAG